AUGUUUUUUUUUUUGGAUGCUAGUUGGGCUUUCCUAUCUAUUCCUACUAAUGGCACACUCUUGCCUUUUUACUUCCGCUUCUUUGCGCCCAUUCAUACGCUCCAUUUCGGUAUUUCGCGGAGAGCUUUAAACAUGAAAUUCCAUGUCACCUUUGGUUUCAAGAAGAAAGUGAUUGAAGUUGUUUACCCUCAUGUCAUCCGUAGUGUUAUUACACGAUCAUUCAACCUUCCCAUUUCAAACUUCAACAUUCAAAAAUGGUAUGAUGAAUGGCAUGACUGGGUUGAUGUAGACCCACCUGAGCUAACAGACGGAGACCGGCUUAACCUUGUUAUGAACCCUCCAGAAUUAGUGAUGGGUCUGAGCCCUGGAGCUAGCGGGGUUAUAGGCCAUAGCCCAGCAACUCACUGCGCAAGCCCCAUGGUCAAUACGCCAAUAGUUACAAGCAAUAAUUUCAUAUCCAACAAUUCUGUGGUUACCAACAGUUCUAUCAUGGCAAAUAGCACAAUGGUGAUCAACAGUUCUUUGAUGAGUGGAUUUGAAGAAUCUGUGCCUGCCUCAUCCAAUUCCUUGCAGGACAUGGUUGAUACUCUUAUGCCAGACACUGAAAAACAUGAAACUGCAUCUUCAACCGUUCCAAACCACACAAAGUCAGACGUCCGUAGCAAAUUAGUCCAUUCAGAACAUAGAGAAUUCAAACCAUGGCCUGUACCAUUCCGUAUUCCAACUCAUUUAUUCCGUCCUGAGCUGAAGUCGACACUAGCUUCUAAACAGAUUCUCAGUCGCAAAAUGAAAUCUGCACUUAUACAGGCAAUUUAUGAUGAAAUGAUCAACUACACUGUUUAUCCCACAUCUUCUCAAUAUAAAGAAGUAGCAAUGGCCAUUAUCACUGAGUAUUCUCAUCUUCGUGAUAACAUCCCAGGGAGCAAGGGUUAUGAAUCUUGGUCUGCUACUCUCUCAGACAAAUUUCGCAAUGAACGUCGUAUAAUGACAAAUAUAGAAGUUGUGGAGAAGCGUAAACGUCGGAGAGUUGUGACUGAGCCUGAGUCAUCAUCAGGUGAUCCAAGUGAAAAAUCUGCUGCCGUCCCUUCCUCCUAUCGACAAACACAACCUUACCAUUCCUGUUCUUCAUUGGCUUCCUGUCCACCUGAUGAAUCUCUAUAUCGGGUCUCCUUAACCCAUCCCACAGCUUCAGGCUUUUGUACUAUCAAGGCCAUCAUUAGCUUCCCCAUUACUACAGCUUCACAGGAAAGUUUCUCCUUUUGGGUCAGCAAGGAAAACACCUUGGCUACCCUCCCUCUGGGGCGAUGUCCCUCUGUGCAUUCAGACAUGGGUUCUGACAACAAUGACUCUUCAUCAUCACUACAGCGUGGGAUCCACAGCUGUCUUCUUCUAUGCUAUGGUGCACCCAAGCUCUCCCUAGGUCUACCCUGUCUAUUUCUUUAG